CACGAGUACAAACCUGCCGUGGAUCCGAUCUGCGGGAGACCUCGCAGCGGCAGCAGCAGUAACAGGAGCAGUGGGAUUGGGAUUUCGGAGCGCAUGAAUGGAGUUUCGCGCAGGCUGGAGUUUCGUCGAGGGUUUGGUAAAUCUGUGUUGUUAAUUCAGGAGGGCAUUGUGAGAGGGCGCACUGAGGAGAGCGUAAAAGCGUAAUCUGGAGGAGGAGGAGGUGCAGCAGUAGGGAGAAGAAGGCACGGCCGGGUGUGUGACCAAUGCGGAUUGCACUUCGCGAUCGGGUUGAGGGAGGUUAGUUAAGAGGCACGAGGAGCAGCGGAUCUGGAGUUGCGGCCUCGAAGCGGAGUGGAGCCAAAGCAGACUGCAUCGAAGGCCUUGGCUCUGCUUCGCCGCCUGCAAAUUGCUUGUGCGAUUGAUGCUGAGGUUGCGCACCCCGCUGAGGCGGUAAUGCUUGUUGCGUAAGUCGCAAUGUGUAGGGUGGAGUAGUUUUGCAGUGCGGACAAUUUGGAGCAUUGAAUUCCUGACUUCGCUAUUGCAUCUUUGAACUUCUGGAAAGGUAUCAGAAGUAUAAGACAAGAAGGAAAGGAGGUCGUACGAAGUAGCAAUGGUGGCUGUACAAGAAUACCGUAUUGUGCUUCCGUUUACGGUGGAAGAGUACAAGAUUGCUCAGCUGUAUAUGGUUGCUAAAUUCAGUGCCAGUGAAUCAUCCGGAGGUGAUGGGGACGGUGUUGAGGUGUUGAAAAACGAGCCUUAUGAAGAGAAUGAUACUCGUGGCCAGUAUACGCAUAAAAUAUAUCACCUAGCUAACAAGUUGCCAAGUUGGCUCGUGAGCCUGGUGCCAAAGAAAGCUUUGAUGCUUGAGGAAGAGGCUUGGAAUGCUUAUCCGAAAUGCACUACUGUCUUGAAGUGCCCUUAUUUUAAUAAGCUCCGACUGAUAUUGGAAACCACUCACCUACCCGAUCGGGGGACAACUGAAAAUGCUCUGAAUCUGGACGCCAAAACCGUCAAGAAGCGGCAAGUCGAGUUCAUUGACAUUGCCAUGGAUCCUGUGGAGAAUUAUGUCGAGAGUGAAGAUCCACUGAAGUUCAAGUCACAAAAAACCGGCAGGGGUCCUCUGCAAGAAGGCUGGCAGAAAACAUGUGAACCAGUCAUGUGUGCAUACAAGUGUGUGACAGUUGACGUGCCCUACUGGGGGUUUGGUUCGCGGCUUGAGAAGUUCAUUUCCAAGAAUGCACAAAGAAAAAUCCUGCUGGAAGGUCACCGGAAAUGUUUCUGCUGGCUUGAUGAGUGGCAUGGAUUAACCAUGGAAGAUGUUCGUCGCAUGGAAGAUGAGACCGCGGAAGCUCUGGCAAAAGCUCGAGCUCUGGUGUUAAAGAACAAUGGGGCCCAGGAAAACGGGGGCACAGAAUCUGAAGUACCUGCGGAAGCUGAGGCUGAAACUACACCGAAGAUGGAUGAUCAUGACAAGGUAUUGGGGUCUCGGGUUUCAUCGAUCUCUAGAACCAAAGACGGUACUGGGAGCCCUCGUCUUAUGAGACGGCCAAGUCUGGUUGGUCCUUCAGUUGCAAUGGGCAUCACAACCAUGUCUGCUUCUGAUGUUGGAGAGGAAGAUGGCUUUCAUUUAGCCAGCACAGCGCCACCACUGCCGUCUCCAAAAUGGAAAUCGAGCUCUAUCCGGAACUCUAUUCCUGCUAGUUCUGAGAAGGUUACGCUCGACAACGGUGGUGGAUCAUCCGAGUCUUUCUCCUCGUUGAAAGAUGAGUCGAAUUGGGAGUCAGCUAAUGGACAUGAUGACAAUGAGGUAGCAGCUUGUGUUGCAGUGCUCGACCGGGCCAUAGCAUGGGCCAAGGCCAGAUCCGCAAAGCUAGCCACUCAGCCAUCACGUCCAGCCAAGGGUGUGGUUGCUCCGAUUGGCUCUCCUAUUGCUGGUGGUCCUGAAGACCAAGGGAAUCUGAUAAAGUUCGAGAACUUAACAGGUGCUGUGACAGUCAUUGACAAAACUAUGUCUGCAGUCAAGCGGCGUCCAACAACUCAGCCGAAGCUGAGCCACAGUCUCACUGCAUCAUAGUUGCACCCUCUGCUUGCAAAGCCAGUUACAGAAUUUUGAAUAUCUAAAUAUGAUAUUUUUGUUUGGAGAGGGCGGACGGACUAAAAAUCUUUCAAAUGCUGGCGGUGAUUAAAAAAGAAAGAAAGAAAGCUAGUGUCAUGCAUUCUGCGAGGACGUCCAUCUCCUCAAGGAGCAACUCUCCAUUGUAAGUUGUUAAAGUGGACAAAUGUCCUUUCACUGCCUCAUAUUAUCCAUUUAGUCACAUUUUUAAUUCAAUAAAGUCAUUUAGGGGUUCCAAUUCAACGUU